AUGGUGGAGUCUGACAUACCACUCCUGAUCCAAUCAGACUUCCGUCCGUCUCCCUCCAGCCGACCUGACCUGCCCAAACCACUCCCCGAAACGUGGCACUCGCUCACGGAUGGCCAGCGCCUCGCUGACAGCUUCGCCGCUCACUCUCUGUUCUCCCAUCACCUGUGUCACACGCAGGAGGAGCAGAAGGAACUGAACCCGAACGCGGCCGCCCUGCACUCGCUGCUGGACGCCUCUCUGAACCGAACCUACCACCUGCUGGCUAACAUCAGGGCCGUCAUGGACAACAUGGGCCUGGCGCCGCAGGAGAUCGAACCACCGCUGCCCUGCAACGGCACUGCCUUCGAGCAGAAAGUUAGAGGUUACUGGGUGUGUGAAGGGAGCAGAGACUGGCUGGAGAGAACAGAGAGAGAUUUCGCAUCGCUGGUGGACAAGUUACCCAAUUUCUGA